AAAUCAAUCAAUCGCCUUUUGUAGGUCUCUCUCUCUCUCUCUCGAUUGGGUCAUAGAUUAUAUCUGGAAUUAGGCACUGUUGAUUUGAGGUUUUGGAGAGGGAGAUCAGUUUGAUUAUUAAUUUGAAGUUUCAUGUAUUUGAAAAGAGUGGGAAUGGAUGAUAGGUCACAAUAGGGAGUAUUUUGGUAAUCUAUGAAGACUUGGGUAACAGAGUCGCCGCAUUUGAGGCAGUUGGUCGAGAUACGAACUCUAGUUCCUCGAUUACCUGAGAACUCUAUCAGAUGGAAUGGCAGAUCAUGUUGGUUACGGGAAUUCUUUGCGCGACUCCGAGCAAGCACUUAUUGCUUUGAAGAAAGGAACUCAAUUAAUCAAGUAUGGUAGGAGAGGGAGGCCUAAGCUUUGCCCAUUCAGAAUUUCUGUAGAUGAAACAACACUGAUCUGGUACUCACAUGGAGAAGAAAGGAAUCUUAAAUUAUCUUCCGUUUCUCGUAUUAUCCCUGGACAGAGAACCGCUGUAUUUCGGAGAUAUUUUCGACCUGAGAAGGAUUAUUUAUCAUUCUCUCUUCUAUAUAAGAAUGAUGAAAGAACUCUUGAUCUGAUUUGCAAAGAUAAAGAUGAGACAGAAACAUGGUUUGCUGGCCUUAAGGCAUUAAUUUCUAAAAGCCAAUGUAAUAGACAUACUAGGAGUGAAAGUUCUGAUUUACAUGAUAACAUUGAUUUCAUUCAAAAUGGUCAUCCUCUUGGUGCAACACCACAGACUGCAGCACGUAUUUCUCGUAGUUUUAGUAGUUUGAGUUUGACAUACUCAGAUUUGGGGCCAGACCAUGCAAAUGUGCAAGUAAGAAAAAGUACAGGAGAUGGUUCCAGAAUUAGUGUUUCAAGCACUUCUGGCCUGUCCAGUGGAGGUCUUGGGCCAGAUGACAUUGAAUCAUUGGGUGAUGUUUAUAUCUGGGGGGAGGUUUGGUGUGAUCGGUGUGUACCAAACAGAUCAGUCCAUCAUUUCCCUUCAAAAACUGAUGUGCUGACUCCAAGGCCCCUAGAUUUAAAUUUGGUUUUAGAUGUUCAUCAGGUUUCUUCUGGCGUCAGACAUGCUGCUCUUGUUACAAGGCAAGGUGAGAUUUUUACUUGGGGAGAGGAAUCAGGAGGUAGGCUUGGCCAUGGAACUGAUAGAUAUUUAAUUCACCCUCAACUUGUUGAAUCUCUUGUCAAUAGUGUGGAUUAUGUUGCAUGUGGUGAGUAUCAUACAUGCGCUGUAACUGCAACCGGUGAUUUAUUUACUUGGGGUGAUGGUACACAUUACCCUGGACUUCUUGGACAUGGCACUGAUGUCAGCCAUUGGGUACCCAAAAGAAUUUCUGGUCCUUUAGAUGGACUCCAGGUUUUAUCUGUUGCAUGUGGCACAUGGCACUCUGCAUUGGUAACUUCUAAUGGAAAGUUGUUUACUUUUGGUGAUGGGACAUUUGGUGUUCUGGGCCAUGGGGACAGAGAAAAUGUUGCGUAUCCUAGGGAAAUUCAAUCCUUGAGUGAAUCAAAGACUCUUAAGGUUGCAUGUGGUCUAUGGCACACUGCAGCUAUUGUCGAGGUUAUGGGACAACCACAUACAAAAAUAUCACCUAAACAGUUAUUUACUUGGGGUGAUGGUGACAAAUACCGUUUGGGUCAUGGGGACAAGGAAAGCAAGCUAAAGCCCACCUGUGUGUCAUCUCUUAUUGGGUACAAUUUCCACCAGUUGGCUUGUGGACCUAAUAUUACCACUGUCCUUGCAACAUCAGGGCAUGUAUUUACUAUGGGAAGUACUGCUUAUGGUCAGCUAGGCAAUCCACUGUCUGAUGGUAAGUUGCCCUGUUUAGUACAGAAUAGAUUGGUAGGUGAGUUUGUAGAAGAGAUUUCAUGUGGUUUAUUCCAUGUCGCUGUACGGACAUCAAGAUACAAAGUGUUCACAUGGGGUAUGGGAGCCAAUGGUAGACUAGGACAUGGGGACACUAAAGAUCGUAAAGUCCCAACUCUAGUUGAAGCUCUAAAAGAUAGGCUUGUGAAAAGUAUAUCAUGUGGUUCAAACUUCACUUCAGCCAUAUGCACUCAUAGAUGGGUUUCUGGUACAGACCAGUCUGUCUGCUCCGGUUGUUGUCAAGCAUUUUCUUUUACUAGGAAAAGGCACCAUUGUUAUAAUUGUGGAGUAUUGCAUUGUCAUGCUUGCAGUUCCAAAAAAGCAUUAAGAGCUGCAUUAUCUUCGACUCGAAGCAAACCACAUCGUGUAUGUGAUUCUUGUUACUUUAAACUUAAAGCAUCUGAAGCUGAUAGUGCCUCUGCAUUCAAUAAGAAGAAUGUUGCAGCUAGGCAUUCUGAAAAGGUCAGGGAGAGGCUGGACAGGGGAGUGGGGAGUGCAUCAAAGAAUCUUCUGUCUCCUGACGGAGAGCCAAUCAAAUAUCUUGAUAUCAAACCACUCAAACAAGGAAUGAAAUCUGAUUCUGCUUCCAUAACCCGAGCUUCCCCAGUCCAAAGACUGUUACAGCGGAAAGAUGCAGUGCCAAGUCCACUGAGUUCUGUUCAACAUGCUCUGAAACCAGUUAUCACGUCUGAACCUCAACCAUUAAGCUCUCAUCCAUCGCCACUGCCUCCAUCAGCACCCCAACCAGCUGUAACCUCACGACCUGCUUCACCAUACUCAAGAAAGCCAAACUCUCCACUUGUUGCAACUCCUGUAAUUUCUAUUAGUUUUGAUACCCUAACGAGAAAAUUUGAGCAUUUGAGCCAAGAAGUCCGAAUGUUGCAAAGCCAAGCUAAAAGGUUGAGACAGAAGUGCGAGAACCAAGAUAUGGAGCUGCAGAAAUCACGAAAGCAAGCUGAAGAAGCUGCUUCAUUGGCAGCCAGGGAGUCAUCCAGGUGUGAAGUUGCAAAUGAAGUUAUGAAAUCGAUUACAGUCCAGCUGAAGGAGAUGAUGGAGAAGUUACCUGCUGAGGGUUAUGACAUUGAAACAUUCAAAGCCAUGUGCACUAAACUUGAAGCUUUGCAUAAAAGAUAUGAAACUCAAGAGUCGUAUGCUUCCUCUUCCUUGUCAGCAGGACAUUGUUAUGAAACUCAAGAAUCAGAAAUUUAUUCUUCCUUGUCAGCUGAUUGUUCAGGCCAUGUCCAGCCGUGUGUUGCUUGUAAACCUAUCACGGUGAAUGGAUCCUUCACUUAUGCCCAAUACCAAAGGAUAGAUGGUAACCUAACACAGAAAAAAGAAACCCUGGAAGACAAUGAUAGAACAUUUCUUUCAGAUAUUGGGAGGCCCAUUCCUUCACAAAGCUUAGAAAAUGGGUCAAGCUCACCUAAGAUUUCAACAAUGAAGAAUGUAGCUGAAGCAGAAGCAACGGAGCUAUUUGAACCUGGUGUAUAUGUUACUCUAAUUCAACUCCAGAAUGGGGCCAAAGUUUUCAAGCGAGUCAGAUUCAGCAAAAGAAGGUUCACUGAGCAACAGGCAGAAAACUGGUGGAAGGAAAACAAAGAUAGGGUGCUUAAGAAGUACUUCACAAGAAGGGACAGUAUCCCAAUGGAAUCCUACAAUGGAGUUGCACAUGCUGAGGAAGGUGAGGCAAUGUCAGCUUCCCCAAAAUUGUUUUGUUGAAGGGGAAUAACAAAAAGCUGGCAAGAAGAAAAUCUACUUCUGAUUGGACCAAUCGAUCUUGUAGCAGUAAUACCAUCUACAAGUGCAGCAUCAAUAGCAUUUUGUUUUCACAAGGAUCAUGGAGAAGACAUCAUUUGUUGUAAGAGCAACAAAUCAAAUUAGAGUUAUAAUAGUGGAUGAUGAGUUGAUCAUAUAAUUGAAGCAGAGAAGCUUGUGUGAUUCUUUGAUUAUUUAUUGUUUUAUUUUUCCUCUCUUCUUUUUGCCAUCUGCUUCUGUUAGUGCCAAUGCAUUGUACAGUUGAAUUUCUUUAAUACUAGUUGUAAAGCUCUUCUUCUCA